AUGUCUCAAAGCGAUCAAAAUCGUCUUCGUACCGGGGAAAUGGAAAUUGGCUACACAGAAGCAGUAGAGCGUCAUGCCAACAGACAUGUCGUAGCACCGAAACCAGUAUCGCAACGCAAGUUAGACUUCGAAAAUGCAAGGCCAAGAUGGAUGCGAGAAAUGGCUGCGGAGGCUAUGGGUGUUUUCUUCUUCGUGUAUCCAGGAAUUGCAUCGUGUGCAUCAUUCUUUCUGAACCCUGGUGACCCGGGAUUUGGAUCAGUUUUCCAAAUUGGUUGGGCCUUUGCAAUCGGCAUCGCUUUCGCUAUCAUAACUUGCGGAAGUACUUCCGGGGGCCAUUUCAAUGCGGCCGUAACGAUCUCUUGUGCCGUAUGGUUGGGGUUCCCUUGGAAAAAGGUUCCACAAUAUAUCUUUGCCCAGGUCUUCGGCUCCUUUAUGGCAGCUGUGCUGCUUGUCGGACAAUAUUACCCACAGUUGACAGCACUUGCUGCGGAGUACCGUGCUAAAGGCUUGAGUCUCAAUUCACCAGGCGGACCAGGAAGUAUCCUUUGCUCCUUUCCUGGAGCGGAUCAGUCAUAUGGGUAUCUGUUCUUCAUAGAAUUUUUUGCUGAUGUCUUCGUCGGGAUCGUGAUUUGGGCUUGCCUCGACCCUAUGAACCCGUUUGUGUCUGCAGCUGCGGUGCCGUGGGUGAUCGGUUUAGGUUAUGCAACAAUGAUCUGGGGUUUUGCGGAUGUGACGAUAGAGCUUAACUCAUCGCGCGACUUGGGAGCUCGCAUCGUUGCAGCUAUUUUCUUCGGAGGAGAUGCUUUCUCGGUUUAUUCAGCCAUACCCGUCUUCACAAGUAUACCUGCCAUGCUUCUCGGGACGGCAUUGUAUGAGAUGAUUCAGCGCGAUAGCUUUGCAGUCAUCGCUAAAGGUCAUAAUGUGCACGAGAAGGGAGAAGAUGGUGUCAUUCAGCAUUUGUCCAAGAAUGGUGCGCUUGGUGGAAGUACCAGUAACUCUGGAAGGAGUAUAGAAAGUGAAAAAUGGGAUGAUGAGAGAAAGAAUGAUUCUGCUGCGCAUGCUCAAGGCUCCUAG